UUAUCUUUUAUUCCUUUAAUCCUGGAUUUAGUUUAUAUUAUCAUCAUUAUUCAUCCAGGACUGAGAUUAUACCAGGUUUAAAUGAUCCGGGGUUUAUUUGAUUAACUCCGUUUUUAUACCAGUUUUGUUUAUUUACAUUUUUAUUUCAUAUUUAAUCCCGUGUUUAUUGUACUGAAGUGUAACAGUGAUGGCGGCGGAGUUUAUAGUGAAGUUAUAUGAAUAUUCACCGCUGUUUUAUAUCAGUCUGAUCUCAGUCUGCUUCAUCCUCACUGUUACACUGUUACUGAGCUGGUUCGGCUUUGAUGUCCCUGUGAUGGUGAGGAGUUCAGAUGAAGGUGAUUCUCUCCCUCCUGCUCCUGAGAAGAAAAUGGUUCAGGUGCCGAACCCGUUUGCUCUGGAGCUGGGCACCACCCCCCCGGGCACGGUGAAAGACGGCGUGUGUUUGAGGACCUGCUGUUUGGAGGAGUGUGUGCUGACUUGUUUUUGGGGUUGCAGUGUUCAGGCUCUGCAGGCGGCGCUGCACACACACCGAUCCGGAGACGCCCUGAACUCGGCGGCUUCGUUCCAGCGGGCACUGCACGGGCACUACCGCCACGCCCAGACCUUCACGGUGGGUCGGGAGGAGAGAGGCGAGUGUGUUACCCACAUCCCCCCUCAGCUCGGGGUCACUGAUUUUGGUUUCCUGCCUCGUUCCUGCUACCCGCUAGUCGCCGUUCUCACGCUAGCAAAGAGUGACGACAGAGACGCCUACAACAUAGUGGCGAGUGUGACGGUGCUGCAUGUUCCUGAUGACCGGUACACCCUGUCAGGACGGGUCCUGUUCCAUUACCUGCUCACCGCUGCUGGGAACCUGUACGAUCUGAAGCCGCUCUUCAUGUCGACGGACGGCACGAGCCCCGCCCCUACAGCCGAGUCCGAGGAGGAGCUACACACAGAGGCGCCUGAGACCGGAGAGGCGGAGCCCGAGGAGGAAGGGGCGUGGCAGGGAGCGGCCGAGAGAGACUGCGUCGUGUGUCAGAACGCGGCGGUGAACCGCGUGUUGUUGCCGUGCCGACACGCAUGUGUGUGCGAUGAGUGUGUGGUGCACUUUCAGCACUGCCCCAUGUGUCGGACUUUCAUCUGCGAGUCCUUCACCUUAUCAACCCUGUCCUGAAGGAGAACGCUGGAGAGGAACGCUGGAGAGGAACGCUGGAGAGGAACGCUGGAGCUGAAGGAGAACAACGCUGGAGAGGAACGCUGGAGCUGAAGGAGAACGCUGGAGAGGAACGCUGGAGCUGAAGGAGAACGCUGGAGAGGAACGCUGGAGCUGAAGGAGAACGCUGGAGCUGGAGGAGAAAAACACUGGAGGAGAACGCUGGAGCUGGAGGAGAACGCUGGAGCUGCAGGAGAAUGCUGGACCCACUGCUCCCCAACCAGUUUUAGGUUUAGCAGAAGCCCUUACCUAACAAGACCAAAUACAUGCUAGUGAUUUAGGCUUAGGGGCCUUUCUCAGGGGCCCAGCAGCAGCAACUUUAGCCAAAGGUGAUCAUCCAAGUAUUAAACAAGGGGGUGAAUACUUCUGCCAUUACGGCUCAUGAAGUCUUUGUAGGUCGAUUUUUAUUUAUUUAUGACUGUUUAUUCAUUUUAAUAAAAAAUGGUAUGAAUGUAAAUAUUGACAUGAUUUAAAAUCAUGAUGUUUUGGAGCUGCUGUACGUUUGUACCUUCAGUAUUAAAGAGGAAGCUGAUGAAUCUUCCUGUGUGAACUCUGACCUCUGAUGCGUCACUGAUGCGCCGUCGCCGGUAUAGACCCACGUAAAGCCGCCGCCUACAUCUAUACAUCGGUCUCGACACAUAUGAAGGACCCACACUGUUCUCUCGAGGAACUCUAGUAGCCCUCGCAGAGCGCCGACCUGGACCCCACAGAACACGUCUGGGAUGGAUUGGAAUGUUGACUGUGACGGGCAUUCUGGUCUAACAUCGGUACCUGGGCACAAGUUCCCACAGACACGCUCCAAGAUGUUGCUCAAAUCCUUUUUCGCAGGAGUGAAGGCUGUCGUAACUUGGUGUUAGAUAAGUCUGAUGAGUCUGUGGUUUGGUGUCCACAUACUUUGUGAAAUGCUGUGUAAAAUAUCAAAAUAAUAAACACAAUGUUUACUGUUGUA